AUGAGUACGCUAAUUACAGAACAUUGUACUGUACUUGAACAACUGAAAGAAAACUACGAAUUUUAUCAAAAUCGAGAUGAUAUUUUACAUGAUUUUUAUACGGAAUUGACUCGUCUUCAAUCAUCGGAUGCAAUUACUUUUCGGCAAGAAAUAAAUAAAGUUACAGCGAUAUUAUGCACGAAUAUUCUGAAUCUUAAUGAAUUGAUUCUACAAUAUUUUCUCGAUUAUUUUAUUCAAUUAUUAAAGAAAUGGUCUGAAUUGACGUAUUUCGAUGAUUCAAAUGAAGUAGAAACAUUCGACAGUAUAUCGAUCAUUUUUCAACGUCACACUCACCGUUGUUCGAAUGAAUUAUUAGUUAAAGAAAUCUCUCAAUGUUUACUAACAAUUGCACGUAUCGGAAAGAGCAUGAUUACCUGUCAAAGCAUUACAGCUAUUACUCGAGUACUCAAGGUUUGUACUGGUAUAUGGAAUAGUAGUGGACAUGCUUUUAUGCCAGUGACACCAUUAGACGAUAGUGCCAUAAAAUGUCUUUGUGCACCGUAUACUAUUGAAGUUUUUGCUCAAUUUAAUCUAUCGGUUAAAUCUGGCGAACGUACACCAGCAGAGGAUUUUGUAUUGAAUGGAUUGCACUAUCAUGUUUCAUGGAUGAAUAGAGACGCAACUCAAGAGAGAGCUAAUGAAUUACGCGAACAUUUACUUCCAUCAAUAAGUGAUUUACUGGAUACGUAUACAACAUCGUACGAAGAAUGGUCACAAUCAUCUAUUAAUAUUAUUACAACAUUGACAACAUCAUUUCUCUAUUCUGUACAGCUGACUAUAGUAAAUGAUAUACAUAUCGAUGUACAACAGCAUAUUUGUGAUAGUGCUAUUCGUAUUCUUUUUCAUACAGAAACUCCAUCGAUGAAAUUAAAGAAUAAUUGUCUUCAAUAUGUUUAUAUGGGUACAUCCAAUGAUAAAAUAUUAGAUCAUUUAAAAAGUCAACAACUAACAGCAACUAUGUUUAAAAUAUUAAAUAUGUACAAGAAUGAAGCAGAAAUUCAAUUUAAUGUUUAUAGAAUAUUAGCUGCGAUCAUGACAGAAGAAGAUAUUAAACGACUUGAUGAUCCAGGAGCUAUAGCUAAAGUAUUUCUGGAUCAUUUAACAGAAAUAAAAGAUCUUUUAGGAUGGGAAACAAGAAUAAAAAACCUGUUGACCAGUUUAAAAAUUUUAUUACAACACGAUCAAAUUCGAGAUGAAAUAUAUGAACAAGAUGGUUUACCACUUUUUAUUUAUUGUGCAACUCUACCUAGAUAUGAUAAAAUUAUUCAUCAACGAGCACUUGAAAAUCUUUUAAUAAUGUCAUUUCACGAAAAAGUUAAUAAAAAUUUAAAAGAAGAUACUGAUCUCAUGGCACAAGUUAAAUCGAUGUCAGAAGAUUCAACAGAACCAGAUGUGCAACGAGCAGCGGAAGGCUUAUUAUGGAUGUUGACAAAAGAUGAGACGUCAAAAGAUUCCGUCGAUGAUAAAUCAUCAGAACAUACCUAUGAUAUAAUGAUUAGUUAUUCACAUAAAGAUAAAGAUUUAUGUUUUCGACUUUAUGAUCGUUUACAAAAAGAUAAAUUUCGUGUAUGGUUAGAUCGUGAUCAAAUGCACGGAACACCACUUGAAGCUAUGUCGAAUGCAAUUGAAAAAUCAGAAUUUGUAUUCGUUUGUAUGUCCGAUUCAUACAAACAAAGUGGAUACUGUAAAAUGGAAGCAUACUAUGCAUUAGAACGACAAUGCUGUAUUAUUCCAUUGAUUAUGAAAGCACAAUAUAGACCCGAUGGAUGGCUUGGAAUAAUUGUGACAGGAAGAAUGCGUAUUGAUUUACCGAAAUAUGGCUUUGAAGAUGCUUAUGAUAAACUAAUGGUUGAAAUUGAUCGAAAUCGAAAAGAGAAAGCCAAAAGCACUAUUAUGCCUUAUCAUGAUUCACCAUCGGCCUUGAAACUAGCACAUGAUUUGCCAUCGAUGUUUAAACCCUCACAUGAAACUCCUGUUCAAGCAGAUAAGAAAAGACCAAAAGUCACUUAUGAAGCAAAACAAGAUCAUCAUUUACCCUUGAACAUUGAAGAAUGGAACAAGGAUGAUGUACAUCAAUUUUUUAUUAAACAAAACCUUACAUGCUUUUUACCUAUAUGUGAAAGAAUGAAUGGCGCACUUCUUCUACAAUUGUAUCAGAUGUGUGCGACAAAUUCACCGGUGAUGUUUCAAUCACUCAAUAAUCAACUCGCUAUCGUGGAAAGUGAUUCGAAACCGUCUACGAUUCAAACUAUGGAAUAUUUACAAUUUUUAAAUGAUCUUAAAAUUUUUGUGCCGAUUACCAUUGAGAAAACAGAAACUCCAGGCGGUCGAUCUGCUUUUUGUGUCAUAUUGUGA